UAUAGGUUGUUAACUGUUCUAAGAGGUUCGAUAUCCAGAAAGCUGAUCAAUAUAUUUGAUCGCCGCUAUGACGAAGUGAUUCAUCAUUGUGCCAUAUUUCUAAAAUAUUUGAUAUUGCAAAGCAUUUUCCAAAAUAAUAAUAUCAAUUUCAUACUGUAAAACGUGAUAUGUGUGCCACCGUGUUGGGUGUUCAGAAAGGAUAAUGGAACGAACUACACUUACUUGUCGUAAGUUUCUAACUGGAAACCCCUGGAUAAAAACUUGCACGUGUCUUACAAGCGAAAAUUCAAUGAUCAAUUGAAGGCAGGAUAGGAUAUGUGACCACACAAUCAGAGAUCGGCCAUUAGAAAAGACCGUAUGCCGAUCUAUCGGAGGAACAGAAUUUAGAUUAUACAAUCCUCAAGACUAUGUUUGCAUCAUUUUGGAAGCUGUUUGGGUACGCCAUCUUUAAAUAUCGAAAGAUUUCAGACAUUUCAAUCUCUACGUUGGUAUUAGAGAAACAACCGACGACAGCUCGUGAAGUCAAAUCUGCUGUGGGCAAAUCACUUGAUAUAGUUACCGACCAAAUAGAUGUCAUCGAUAACACAAUGAUUUUGACAGCCGACCAGGAUGUCCCCAGAAAUGGUGACGUCACAGAAGUUAUGGUUCACCGGAAGUCCAGGCGUAUACCGUUUGGUAAGAAGACGAAAAGGGGAGAUAUGUUUGAAGGCUCAAUGGCGGACGGGGAUCGUGUGGAAAUGUCAUGUGGACAUGCAGCAACCCCGGAGAAUCUGUAUAGGUACUGCCUGACCAAACUCAACAGUUGUGAUCUCGGGUUUAAAUGUAUGGAGUGCAGUACCGCAUGGGAGUUUACAGAAAUUUCCAUUAAAGCUGACAUGUCUGACGACGAAUGCGUGUUUUUCUCCAGAAAAAUGACCAAUGUCUACAUCGACCAGUCAGAUGACAUCCGUGACUGUCCGAAAUGUAAUAGUUACUGUACAAGACGGGAUACAAAUAACCGACAGGUCAUGUGUACGAUUUGUAGUAAAAGUGGAAAGUCAUAUUCCUUUUGUUGGGAUUGUAAUGAGUCUUGGACAAGAAAUCAUUCUUGUUCCACACCAAGAAAGCUCACACAAAAAUUACUUGAUAACUGCGAACGGGUCACGAUGGAAUAUAGCAACAUACCAAAUGUUCCAAAAGUUCGCGCAUGCCCAAAAUGUGAAAUGUACAUCGAACAUGACGGUGGAUGUAAGACUAUGGAUUGUCCAAAAUGUAAACAUAAAUUCUGCUUUAGCUGUCUGAAACCCGGAACCCCAAAUGGUGAUCUUCAGUGUGGAGGUUUGGGGUCAAAGUGCGAAGUGGCUCCUAUUCAAAAGAUCGGUGCAAAACAAUGACAAAUAAAAGAGUUGCUUUUGAUUAUUCAAAACGCUGUUUCAUGUUGUUCAAACAUGUUGAUUGAUGAGAAACGCACUAAUGUUUUCAACGACAAAAAAUUAUUGUGUUUUACUUGAGUGUAUUACUUUACGUUGGUUGUUAAAUAUAACCUUCAAAUUAACAAAACAUUUUUCUUGAAAUGGUAAAUAUGAUGCAUUGCAUUUGUUUAUUUGAUAUUUUAUAGUAAACUGUAAAGGGAAGUACUAGCUUUUGAUGAAAAUGUGAGUAGUAUGUUUUUCACGAAACAAGAACUUUUGCUAUUUAUAUGUUAUCGUGACAAAUUCAUUAUGUCCUCGCUGGAAUAGUACAUAAAUUAAAUGUUCCAGUUGUUUUUGUUCAACAUACUGUAAACGGGGAAUUUUACGCGCGGGGGAAUUUUACGCUUAUUACGCGGAGUUGGGUCGUCCGCGUAAAUUUCCCCCGCGCGUAUGGUUUUGUCCAUAGUGUAAGGAACGACAACUCUGAUAUAUAUUGGUACGUGUGUUUGAUGUUCUCCUGUAAUAUUGCUUUGCUAACUUAUUACUAAUUAACGUACCAGAUGGAUCAACAUGGUGACAUAAAUUGUAAUUGGUAUACACGAAUGUAUGAAAAUUCAGAACUACUUCCUCGAAAUAUGAUGUACAUGUACCCCGACCGUUUCCAAGUUCAUCAUUUAUUUAAAUUCAUACCAUUCCAACUUUUAUAGAGAAAUAUGGUGAAACUACUAACACCGUUACAUAACAGGACAGGACAUAUAUACAUCAAAUAAUUUAGUUUAAUUAGGUAAAUAUCAAUAUACAGUAACAUACACAAUACAAACAAGUUGUGUAUGUCCGAUCGCGUUUUAGACAAAAUGAAUUUGAUAAAUUGUGUGCCUCAUUUAUUAAAAUAAAAUAGGAGAUGUUGUACAAGAUUUUUUCCCUUUUAUUCCUUUUAUUCAAUAAAAUCUCAACUUAAA